AUGGCGUCCGACCACAGUAAACGCGACAUCUUCCCAUUCUUUGAUCUACCGCGUGAAAUGCGUGACUCGAUCUACCUGCACCUCGGCAUCUCAUCUUCCAAGACCCGCCUGAUGCACAACGACGGAUGGGACCCCGACGAUGAGGACAGCAAGAAGCCGAUCGAAGACUUGAGCGUCAUCCGGCUCAGAAUCGAGAAUGUCUGCCGCUCAAACGUACUGUGCGUGAGCCGCCAGUUCAAGCAGGAAUACGAGGAACAACUCUCCAAGGCAACCACCAUUGUAUUCACCGACCAUAAAGGAAACGAAGUCUGGAAGCUCCUUGAUAUGAGUGACAAGAAGUUCGGCGAUGUCAAACAAGCGAAGUACUACGGCUACAUCCAGUGCACCCAGUGUCCCGACGGACCGCAGUCAUGUCAAGUGGGCAGUGAUAUCGACGACACCAUUGCCUGGUUGCAAGUCACACUGGGUCACCUCGCUACCUCGAGUAAAGUCACAAUAGUUGUGGUGCUGCGAUGGUCAGGUUCGAUGGAUCUCAGAUGGCCGCAGUCACCUCAUCGUGCACAUCUGGAAGUUGAUUUUAAAAAGCUCGCUUCGGUACCUCGAGUUAGUGCCAUCGAGGUAUAUCGAGACAACUCAGGCGUGGACGAUUUCGACGUAGAGGCUCAGGUCUUAGCGGAGAAUCUCUACGUCUCCUGGACCGCAAAGGAUGGUUGGCAGGCUCCAGUGGCGGCAGCGAAUGCGAUGGAGGAGUCGAAGGAGCUGUGA